UGCUGCUGUCUGAACAUGACUGACUUACCGCUGCUCCUGAUUAUUUGCUGUUCAGGAUAUCUUUUUGGUGCUGAAGGCACAGUUUUUCUGGACCAUAAAAAUGCCUCCAAGAUUCUUAAUCGGCCAAAAAGGUACAAUUCAGGUAAACUGGAAGAAUUUGUUCGAGGAAACCUUGAAAGAGAAUGCAAUGAAGAAAAAUGUAGUUUUGAAGAGGCUCGAGAAGUUUUUGAAAACACAGAAAAGACAACUGAAUUUUGGAAGCAGUAUGUGGAUGGAGAUCAAUGUGAGUCUAAUCCCUGCUUAAAUGGAGGUGUGUGCAAGGACGAAAUCAAUUCCUACGAGUGCUGGUGCAGAAAGGGAUAUGAAGGAAAGAACUGUGAAUUAGAUGCUGACUGCAGUAUUAAAAAUGGAGGCUGUAAGCAAUUCUGCAAGAUGAAUGAGUUGAACAAGGUGGUGUGUUCCUGUGUUUCGGGAUAUCAGCUGGCAGAAGACCAGAAGUCCUGUGAACCAGCAGUACCGUAUCCAUGUGGAAGAGUUUCACUUCCUGUUAGGAAACUGACCCGUGCCGAAAACUUCUUCUCGGAUAUGGACACUGCAAACUCUACUGAGGAGGAAGAGGUUCCAGAUGCAGUCACACAAAUCAUUCCCCUCCACAAAAAAGACACUCGAAUUGUUGGUGGAGAAGAUGCCAGAAAGGGACAGAUUCCUUGGCAGGUCAUUUUGAAUGGAAAGGUUAAAGGGUUCUGUGGUGGCUCCAUCAUCAAUGAGAAAUGGGUCAUAACUGCAGCCCAUUGCAUUAAACCUGACAAUGAAAUCACUGUCGUUGCAGGUGAGCAUGACACGGAAACCAUAGAAGGUACCGAGCAGACGCGCCGUGUAAUAAGAGUCAUUCCUCACCACACCUACAAUGCCUCCAAAAACUUGCACAGCAAUGAUAUUGCCCUUCUGGAGCUCGAGGAGCCCUUGGAGCUGAACGAGUAUGUGACCCCGAUCUGCGUUGCUGAUAAGAAGUACACCAACUUAUUCCUCAAGUUGGCAAAGGGCACCGUGAGCGGCUGGGGCAAGGUCUUCCACAAUGGUCGGUCAGCCUCUAUCCUCCAGUUCCUGACGGUUCCCUUCGUGGACAGAGCCACGUGCUUGCGCUCUACCACGGUCACCAUCGAAAACAACAUGUUCUGUGCCGGCUAUCCUCAGGGUGGAAAAGAUUCCUGCCAGGGAGACAGUGGGGGGCCCCAUACCAUAGAAGUGGAGGGCACCAGCUUCCUUACUGGCAUCAUCAGCUGGGGAGAAAGAUGUGCUGUCAAAGGCAAGUAUGGCAUCUAUACGAAGGUCUCCAGCUUUGUCAAAUGGAUUAAAGAGAAGACAAGGUACACCUAAGCCAGAUUGCCUUUGCUCCCUUUUGGGAAUGUUGCUUGUCAUUUGGGACUGAGAAAAGAGAUGGGGAUGGCUAUGUUACUAAUCAAUUUCCUAUCAACUGUUGGACAUGAAUUGUGUUAUCUUCCAAUACUGCUACUUCCUUGUGAACAGAGAGAAUUCUGGGCAGAACUCAGAAUACAUCGGUUUGUAUAUACAAGAGGGGAAACAAUGACUGAAUAAAUAUUAUGCUGUGACAUCA